AUGGAGGCUGUAGCGGAUUAUGAGCUUUGGAUAUGGCAUGCAUACUUUGGUUUGCCGGGUUCAAAUAAUGAUAUUAACGUGUUGGAGUCAUCUAAUCUUUUCGCCAAUUAUGCUUCAGGCGGACCAUCUCGUUUUUGGAACAAACAUGUGCUACAUGAUAUAAUGACCGCGUGUAUUAUUAUGCAUAACAUGAUAAUCGAAGAUGACCGUGAUGUUAGUGGAACAUUUAGUGAUUCAACGCAAGCAUCGAUUCCAAAUGUUGAGAUGGUGGAAGAUGAGAAUGUAAGAUUUCAAGAUUUUCUUAGUCGACACAAACAAAUCAAGGAUAAAGAGGCUCACAUUGCACUUCGUAAUGCACUUAUUGAUCAUUUAUGGGAAGAAUAUACUAAUUUAGAAAAUUAG